AUGCUGAGGCUGAGGCUGGUCCCCAAAGUGUGGAGCGAGGUCUGUCCCGCUCUGCCCCUCCCUGUGCUGGUCCACAGGUCUGUCCCACUCUGCCCCUCCCUGUGCUGGUCCACAGGUCUGUCCCACUCUGCCCCCUCCCUGUGCUGGUCCACAGGUCUGUCCCACUCUGCCCCUCCCUGUGCUGGUCCACAUGUCUGUCCCACUCUGCCCCUCCCUGUGCUAGUCCACAGGUCCGUCCCCCCCCUCCUCUCUCUGUGUCCCGCUCUGCCCCUCCCCUCCCUGUUCCUUCUGCAGUCGCAGAGUGAGAGAGUGAGGGUCUCCGGAGCUGGCACUGCCGCAGCCCUCAGUGCAGACGUGCUCUUGUGCCUGUGUCAAAUGUGCGCCUCUCUGGGCCCAAACUCAAUCUGA